AUGGAGUAUCUGGAGCAAGGAGACCUGGGGACACACCUGAAGGAUAUAGGUCACGGUAUGCGGAUAAAGGCGAGCGAGAUCACACGUCAAAUAUUGGAGGCUCUCUCAUUCCUACACGAUAAAGGGAUAUGUCACCGUGACCUUAAGCCACAGAAUGUUCUUGUCGCUUGCGAUUCCCCGAUACGAGUAAAGCUUGCGGAUUUUGGAGUGUCCAAGUCAAAUCGAGGUACCGCUUUCCAAACAAAGGUCGGAACUAAAGGUUUUAAAGCACCAGAACUUCUUGGGCUUCUUCCUCCAAGAUUUCGACCUCGCAAUCCAGCAGAGUAUACCCAUGCAAUAGAUAUGUGGUCGCUUGGGUGCCUAGUCCACCAACUAAUGACCCUUGAGAUACCAUUCCUUGAAAAAGAUGAGCUAUCCGACAUCACUGGCCUCGAUCAACCACUCCAAUCACGCUUUCCUAACUACCGACUCUUCGAGGACUUCUGCUAUAAUAGAGUUGACUUUCCGGUCCUUCCCCUUGAGGAGGCUUCUAUCGAAUACAAUUGCAUUGAAUUCAUCCAACAACUACUUGUUCCUGAUCCGAACAGCAGGCCCAGCGCGGCCGACGCUCUCAGGCAUCGAUGGCUUAUGGAUCACUCAUUACCAGUGCUUUGCACCCCAGCCUCGGAAGCUCAAGUGAUCAGAAGUCAGUUUAUAUCUCUAGGGGUAAGUCUUAGUGAUCGCACUGCAGAGAAUUUGGCCAUGCUCUUGGGGGAAGAACGCGUCAUAGAUGUUCAAUACUACCUCCCUCCUCAUACUCUGGGAGACCUAGAUACCUUACGCCUUAGAGCAUGUGAGGCCGGAUAUACGUUGUUGCUGAGAGUCCUAUUGUGCAUCCGGGCUAAACCAAAAGGAAGUCACUCGGCGCCGGGAACUUGGGCUUUCGAUCGGAAUUUUACCACAAAUGAUACCAGUUCCUCAACCCAAGAGAGCCAAUUCCUAUCGUUUCUCCACGCUGCAGUUGCUUCUGGACAUGUCGAAAUUGUUCAGUUCUUAAUCGGCAUGGGGAUCGAUACCAACAAAUUCUUGCCAGGAAUCGGCAGGACGGCCUUGCAACUGGCGGCAUCUCUGAGACGCGCUAAUAUGAUCACGACUCUUCUCGAUAAUGGAGCCGAUAUCAAUUCCGUCCCGAGUGAGACUGGUGGCCGCACAGCGCUCCAGGCUGCCGCAGGUGCUGGCGACAUCGACAUUGCCGCAGCUGAGGCUGGUCAUAUCGACAUUCUCGAAGAGCUUUUUGCCCACGGCGCUUCGAUCAACGCCCCGGCCUGUGCUGUACAAGGACGAACGGCACUCCAAGGAGCUGCCGCAUCUGCCAAUAUCGAAAUUGUUUCAUACCUUCUAAGAAAGGGAGCAGAUGUAAACGCAGCAUGCUCAGAAAAGGAGGGUAGAACUACGCUGCAGGCUGCGGCUGGAAGUGCACACAGAGAUAUUGUCGAAUUUCUUUUAAGUCAUGGGGCGGAUGUCAAUGCAGCGCCAGCGCCAUGUUAUGGCCAGACGGCCCUACAAGCUGCCGCCGCUAGUGGCAGCCACAAAAUAGUUGAACUUCUACUCUUACAUGGCGCGGAUAUCAACGGUGACCCCUGUGACAUUGGUGGAAAAACCGCGCUUCAAGUAGCUGCGGAGCUCGGAUACCGCGAGUUGGUCAUGUUCCUCAUGGAUGGCGGUGCCGAUAUCAACGCCGAUCCGGCAAAGCGAUAUGGGCGAACCGCUCUACAAGCGGCCGCGGCGGGAGGUUUUAUGCAAGUUGUCGCAGAUCUCGUUAGCGCCGGAGCGGAUAUUGAGGCCGAGCCAGCUAAGAUUUCAGGACGAACAGCUCUCCAAGCAGCUGCUGAACACGGCAGACUUGAUGUUGUGGAAUACCUAUGGUCGUUAGAAGCAGAGGUUGAUUCGAAGGACCUCGGUAUCGGUGGUCGAACAGCUCUUCAGGCAGCGUCAGAGAACGGGCAUAUUGAGGUUGUGCAGUUCUUGCUGGACCAAGAUGCAGAUCCCAACGCUGAGCCCAGUCCCAAGGGUGGUAAAACGGCGUUGCGUGGAGCGGCAGAAUCGGGCCACAUUGAGGUGGUAAAACUCUUGCUCAAGUACAAUGCGGACACAGAAUAUGGAGAACGAAUUGCCCAGCGUGCGGCAAGUGUGAAUGGGCAUAGUGUGAUUGCCCAGUUGUUGUGA